UCAAUAUGCUUUAAAUCAUUCUGGUACAAGAUUUUUCUCCACUGGAAAUCAAAAUUACUCAGUGUCCUGGUGGAUUCCGUCUUAAAUAUUUUGGGCCCUUGAAAACGAAGUGAAAAUUUCCUUACAUUUGUCUUGCAUGCUAGUGUUGUAUGAAUGUACGAAACUGUUAGGAAGCAAAUGUGUCUGGAACUCGUUUUGUAAAAUUAAGUGCUCAGGGGCCCAGGGCUCUUCCAUGCUCCUUAUGAACUGUUGUUCGUCGUGAUUAAAAUAUCCUGUAAUUCAGUCCCAUAAGCACCCUCCCGGCCCUGCGAGUAGCAUUAAUGCCUCUGUCCUGCUGUCGCCAUAUUGGAAAACGAGAAGACCCUGGGGACGAGGUUGUCUCUGUUUCAGCAAUGGCGGAAGUACCGAAUAGCCGUUCUGUUCCUUCUGGUCAUGACGAGCAGUUUGUUGUUCCACCUGAUGAAGACCUCCAUUGCAUUAUAUGUUUCCUGCCGUCGAAAGAACCGGUUCUUACAAGAUGUGGUCACAGGUUUUGCCGGCAGUGUCUCGAGGAAUAUAUGCGAAGGUAUUCUUUAUAGUGGAAACUCCGUGUUGAUAUUUCUGAACUAGGGUUUUCCUGUCCUUAUCAGAUGUAUAUUGUGUAUAUGUUACAACAGACAACUGCAACAUUAUCAGUCGACUGUACAGGUAGGCUAGCUCUUGGUAAAUCUUCUUGACUGAAACCGAUCGAACGACACUGCUGCAAGUAGGGAUGUAGUUGUUAAAAUUAUGAAAGUAAUUUCCAACUUUCACUAUGACAGCAAAUUCAAAACAGCGUCUAUAUGAACAGCGGGCGGUCAAAGUUUUUUGAUCAUUUAUUAAACUGAUCGACAGUCUCAUCUACCUUUUUCUCAUCUCUAGAUCUAGACUUGCCUCGUACGGACCGAUUAAGCAAAUUAGGCAGAGAGAUUUACUGUUUUAAGGAGACAAGGAAUAUAAUGACAUGUGUGCAUAAACGGUUAGUCAACCAUUAAAUGUUUUGAAUGACCGGCUUGUCCGUCAACCGGUCAUGAUCGCCACAACUGACACAACCGAUACAGAGCAGUCGUUUGGUAACAUUUCGAAUGACACAAGGCCCAUAAUGAUCUAGUUAAAGUCUGUAAACGCCUCUUAUUAGAGUAUUUUUACUUUACGUUGACAUGUGACUGAAAAUCCUACAGACGGAUGUAUUCAUAAACCUUUAUUUAAUACUUGAGUACCACCAAAUGUUGUGGUUAGAGGAGAGGUAUUGUGAUAAAUGUUGUUUUCAAGGCUUCGAUAUGUACUUGCAGUCUCUAAUACAGUAAUAGCUACUAUUGCUGGGGAGCCCCGCAAAAUUACUUUUCCUUUGUGAAGUUGUAUCCCAGGUAUGUUCUAACUGCUCUCAAAUACUCCUAGAUAGAACCACGGUUUUUUUUCAACUUUUGACAUGUGCCCGUGACGGAAAAUCCGUCGACACCACUGGAAAGUAAAUAGCGCUUUAAUAUUAGUAAUUUUGCUCAGUUUGAAAGUGAUACGUUUGAAACGUGCAAAGAAUUCGAAAAAGCUCUCCAAAGUUGCGAGAAUUUUACAGACGUUUGUAUGCUAGUGGGAAAGUUUGUGCCACACAAACGGCUGUAGAAUUUCGUGACUUUCAGAAGUUAUUAAAAAAAUAAAAUAAAUAACGAUUUGGAGUUGGCACAUCCACAUAGUGGUACUUUGUCUACCUGAUUUCUGGUCGCUAUAUCUUCGUUAGUUUUCAAGAAAUUACUUUCAAACAUGACGAUAUUAUCAAUUUCAAGGCGCUCUUUCCAGUGGUGUCGACGAGAAAAACAUUUUCUUUAACUGGUCCACGGAACUAGAAAGUUGAAAACACCGUGGAAAGGUCCCUGAUUCCUUUGUACAUGUGAUGGUUUCUCAUUCUCCCCUCUCUUGGUUUCAGUAAUGAAUUAAGUCAUCGAUCACGCAAUGGAGCAUUUCAUAAGCUAUUUUAGCGUUGUCCAAAAAUAAAUGACGUCACGAAAGUAAGAAGUCGUGGAAACGAUUGCAUUAGCUCAGUUGCUUUUGGUAAAGAUGAAAAUUUUAAACGUUCUGCGAAAAAGAUAUAGCCGAAGGUCUGCCUAAACUGUAGCGAGAACAGCAAGAGUACUACUCAAAGAAUGACAGCAGUUGCUAGACUAAACAUCCUUUUAUAUCCUGCUGCAACCUCGUUCCCAGGGUUUUCUUCUACCUGUCCCUCUCUCGCUCUGUAGGGACGGAUAGGAGAGAACUCUGGGAACGAGGUUGAUCCUGCUGAAUUUGCCGAGGAACAGACAGAUUAAGACGAAAACUGGUCCUCGUGCUCAGGCCUCACCGGCUAACGGAACAGGAGGCUCUGGGGACGAGGAUGGGCUGCCCUCUGGUCCUCUUUCUCGUCCUCCUUCCGGUACCGCUUCAGGAACGUUGUCGCGUUAUGAUAAAACGAGCCAGUUGGCUUUUUUUUAAUCAAUAUUAUUUGUCAUUAAAGGCAGGAGCAAGAGGGUCACCAGUUAACGUGUCCUUCGGACAGGAAAGUCCUGGAACAAAACAAGGUACUACUACACGAAUCAGUAGGAACUGGUUUAAGAUGUCACCACUGCGACGGCAACGAGAACGUCAAAAAGCGAAAGGCUUAGGCAAUGUUCACACUAUACUGGAUCGGAUUUGUGUCGGCACGAAAACCAUACUGGAUAGGGCUUCUGUUCAUACACGGUUGUGGCGGCGCGAUUUCUGUGACGGAGAGAAGAUGCGCUCCGCCGAUCUCUAAAGUGGAGUCAAUUAUAUAUCGGAUAGGUGUUCAUGCUCCGGAUAGCGUUUCGUGUCAGCGCGAAAAUCUAUCCAGUAUCUGGUGGGAUGAACAUAGCCUUACAUUAACAAAACAACAACUUUUCAAGUGUAUCACACUUUUUGUACAUUUUUACCGUCACUGCACGAUUCAGCGACGUGAAACUUCCUAAUUUCCCAUUUAAUGACAACGCCAACAUACAACGACCAGGAGAACGACUCCUGACAACGACAAAUUUAUCUUUCUCUUUUUUAAAUUGGAAAAGAGAGUUCGCCUUCAUUCACGGAGUGAGCGAGUCUUUUUUAAAGUGAUGUUUUCGCCACCGUUGAAAUCGUUGUGAACUCCCUAAUUCUUGAUACCAGCAAAAGAGCUCAACUUUGAUCACAAAAAAUACAGAAUAAACAAUCAAAAACUGAUUUUAUGAAUGAAUAUUUUUCUUAUUUUUCUUCCAUGUUUACUUUUUAGGACAUAUUCCCUGACAAACUAGCCGAAAGAAAGAUUUUGUCACAUGUCAUCAAGUGUCCCAGUGAGUGCUGUGAAUGGACUGGUGAGCUGAGGGAGAAAGAGGUAGGGAUCAUUGUUCACCUUGUAACUCCUCCCUCCUCCCUCGCGCGCGGUCUCGCGCCCUCAAUUCCUUUCCCCUUCCCUUUCUAACGCUUUCCACGCAGGCUAAUCCACGAGUAACAACUGAUUAACAAACAUGAAAAUAGGAAAUGUGCAAACUAUUACGGACACAAGAUUCUCUCUAAAACCCUUUUGUACAUAAUAACAAAAACAGUUCGGUUAAUUACAUUCGCAGUUCUCGCAGGCAAGUAUCACGAGAAAUACAACCGUAGAUAAAAGGGUAGUUGCCGGGUAUUCUGAAGUUUAGCCGAUAAAAGAUUUCCCAGCUCUAAAUUAAUUAAGGGAGAGGGAUGAUGCAUUUUUUAUGGUCUGUCGUCUGAUUAUUUUAUUAGAACCACUUGACCUCAUGUCCUUGGAAAAUUGUUUCUUGCACCUACGAAAAAUGUGGAGAAAACGUAACCAGAAAGGAUCUGACUGAACACGUGGCCGACAUGUGCGUAUGGAGAAUUUUGAGAUGUCUGCAUUGUGCAGAACAUCAUCCACAAUGCCAAAUGGAGGUAAAAGCAAAUUGCUGGAUCAGUUCUUGUUGUAUGUUUUGAGAGCCAUAAGACGGUAAUUAACUUCAAUGGGGAACAAAAGAACUUGGGACUGUGUGAAAAAUCCCUUCCUGGUUUUAAUGACAAUUUUUUCAUCGGCUUUGGGUUCAUCGCGUCGUCCCCCACUUCCCCUAGCAAUUUUGUGGCCAAAAAAAGAACUCAUUUUCACCCAUGGUGCUCAAAAUUCAAGUUUGUUUAGGGUGGGAUGGGAGGGGUCGCUAGUUUUACUAAUAUUACUAGGAAGGUCCCAACCCUUUUGACCUCAAUUGUAGACAACUUGUAUGGUCGGAAUUUAAAACAGAAUAUUUUAAAACGCGCUAAUUUUCAUUUCAACGCCUUCACCUCACAUAUUGCAAGAGACGAUUUGUGAUUCAAAAUAUCGUAAUUGAUCGACGUUUAUACCAGGGUUAAUUCUUCAAACCCAAAUUUGGAAGAUGUUUGCAAUUAUUUGAUAAUUGACGUUGAUAAUGGAAUGAUUGGACAAUUAUCCACGAUUGCCGUGCGCGAGACGCCAGCGUAGAAGCUUGGCGGUUUCAUAACAAGUGUACGUUUACGGUUAACGUGUGUUUUUGUUGAAGAUACUCGAUAAAGUUAAUUUUUAAACAAGAAUCGACUAACUAACCUGUAAUUAAGCACCGACUGGGAUAAAAGGUUUCAGAAGUUGUCUGGUUUUUUUUCUGUUUUUUUUUGGUAUUUUUCGAUUACAGGUCUUUUAAUAAAAUUUAACUUCUCGCAAUACCCCAUACUUCCACCCAACCUACAUUUCUUUACUCACAAGAGUUUGGAUCCGUUAUGUAGCGACCUGAAAUAUCCUUGGUAGUUUUAUUAUUUUUCCACAUCAGUUUCGUGUACUUAAAACGUUUCAGUUUCAGAAGUCACUUUCCUUUACUAUUUUAUUCAGUUUUUACUUCUUUUUGUUCUUUGUCUUGACAGGCACAUUUAGAAAAUUGCGAAGGUCUCCUUACUGCCUGUCCAAACAACUGCGGGAUUAAAAUUGCAAGUGACAAGGUGAUGCCAUUAAAUCAGUUUCGUUUUCUCAGCUUAUUGUCAUUUUCAGCCUUAGAUAUUAAAAUCUCUAAUACUGACUCCACAGUUCAUGAUAUUGUAAGUGUGAAGUCUUACGUGAAUCGCCUCUUUGUCCCUGCAUGAAAACCGUGAGGAUCACGAUCAAUUAGGUUUUCUUCACUCCAAAGAUUGUGGUGUCCUUUCCUGUGGGCGCGCUCUAAAAAGGCAGAGCGGGACUGGGUGCGGGCCGAUCUGUUAUUUCCGUGAUCCUUUUCGAUUCUGUCCUUUGUGAGUCUAUUGCUCUCCAAUUAACUCUUAACCACCAUCUAGAUCUCCAAGAACUCUUUAAACCACGUCAUCUUUUUUAGUCAAGUUACCAGCGUCUUUAGGGCGCACUAUCUGUGAAUAAGUGUAGUCUCGGAUUUAGACCCAUGCGCACACCUUGUUGUUUAAGGCAGCGGCGAAGUUGAUGGGACAGACCUUUCAUAAAGGUUAAACUGUAGUGGAUAUGAACGCGGUUACAUGCCCUGCAAUGGUGCUUUGUUGUCUAGUCUCUAUAAUUUUCUUCAAGACAUUUAUGAAAAAAGUUACAAGAGGUCUGUGUUGUGGUAAAUAAAUAUGCCUAUAACUUAAAUUGGCGCUAUCUUUUUCCAGGUGUCAGAUCACAUUAACAAUACAUGUCCACUGACAGAAGUUCCCUGCCCAUAUAAUUGGCUGGGCUGUUUCCUAAAGGUAAGUUUGGUUGUUAACUUAAGACGCAAUUUCCCCAUACAACAUGAGGAAAACGUAUUGCACCAUAGCAAAAGAAAUUGCUUCCUGUCUUACCCGGAUCAUUACUUAGAUCAUUGUCUUUUACCGACCUUUAGCAGAAUGCUAUUCAUUUCUUUGCAUUAACCAAUAAAGGUUUCUUUCUUUGUUUUUCAUACUGACCAUUGUUAGGAGUGAAAGUGAUGCAUAAAUGCAUUGUCUGAAUUAGCUCGCGCUAUGAAAAAAACAUGAAGGUAGAGUCCUUAUUUUACGUCGGCAGCUCGAAUUAGUCAUCUGACCAACAAACAUGAGUGCGCUCGUUUUAACACACCCCCCCCCCCCCCCCGCCUGUCUCUCUCGCUCUCUCUCCCUCCCUCCCUCUUUCUCUCCCUCUCUCUCUCUCCCUCUAAGGUGACAUCAAAACACAAAAUACUCAUAACACACAGUUUGUAAUCGGUUGAAAGUGGAUACACUGCAAAUUAUAGUAGUUGCUAGAAAUAUAUAUCUACGUGUUGUAACUGUUCAUCAGUAGGAUGCCUAAAAUGUGUGAAAUUCCACAACUGGUUUCGGCUCCAUUAACUCCUAUACGAAUUACACAAGAUUUUAGGAGGAGCCACCCACUAUGUGAGCACAGUCACGGACAAAACAUAUAAGGGAGGAAAAUAACGCAAAGUAAAAUUAUCACGUUAUUCAACGAACUAAAUGUACACUUCAAUAGUAUCCUGAUCAGCUUCUCAGUUCUGCAGUUCUGCGUCUCAUCUCAUCAUGAUCGAUUGUCGUCAGUUGAAGUGUCCAGGUGGUUUGCUUUGUAUCUGAGGACAAUUUCUAUUUUAUAAGCUCCAAGGGGCUUAUAUUCGGAGCGGUUAUUUAACGGAGGGAUUUUCCAUUACGAGUUUGUGGGGGGAUAGAGAAUGGUUAUUGCCGGAAUUUUAAGGUAUUCACCACUAUCAAAUUUAGAAUUACAGCUUCCUCGAUGUUUUAUGAGACCAUAACCAAUAAGUAACAUCUGGCUCAUUUAAGAAAUAUGAUUGGGUAAAAGAAAAAUUACAAAACAGACCUGUUUAAUUUCAGAUUCAGAGAGAAGUGCUUGAAUCACACCUUGAAGGCGAGAUAAGAUAUCAUCUCCAUUUGAAUAGCUGCAAAUUAAACGACACCAAGGAUGAAGUAAGAAACCUUCAACUUGAAGUUGCAGAAAGAGCAAAGGCCGUCCAAAAUCAAUUUGAGGAAAGAGUGCAGGCCCUCCAGAAUCAUUUUGACGACAGAUUACAGGCGCUCCAAAAUCGCUUUGAAGAGAGCGUUCAGGCCCUAGAAAAUCAUUUUGAAGAGAGGGUAAAAUUGCUAACCGUCACUAGCGAUAAAUUGAGGAAGAAUCUGAGUUUCACUAGAAUUAUUUGUGCUGUUGCUGUUGUCAUUCUUGCUGCGUUAAGUGGAAUGUCAAACCAAAAAAGUGCCGUUAGCGAUUCAAUAACAACAAUGGACCGAUCUUUUGACACGCAAAGCAAACUCGAAAUGAAAGUGAAUGAAGUCGAGAAAGGUCUGAAAAGUGAACUGAUUGAUUUGCGAAGUCAGCUGGGGAAGAAAGUGGAUGAAGCUAACAAAUAUUUUGAAGCUGUGUCGCUUAAUAUGUCAAACCAUGAAAGUGCCAUUAGUGAUUUUAAAACAAAAAUGGACCGAUCUGUUGAAAGGCAAAGCAAGCUCGAAAUGAAAAUGAGUGAAGUCGAGGAAGGUCUGAGAGGUGACCUGAUUGAUUUGCGAAGUCAGCUGGGGAAGAAAGUGGAUGAAGCUAACAAAUAUUUUGAAGCUGUGUCACUUAAUAUGUCAAACCAUGAAAGUGCCGUUAGUGAUUUUAAAACAAAAAUGGAGAGUAGAGUAACUGAUGUGCAAACUAAAGUGGAGGGGAAAUUAGAUGAAGCUCACAAACAUCUUAAAGAAAAGGUGAGUUAAAGUAUAUAUAUAUAUUAAACCAGCUGGGAAACAUAUAAAUGAUUUAGUCAUGCACAAUGUUGUGGUUUUCAUUUGCCAUGUUCCGAUACUUGGAAUUUGGAAGCAAACUGAAGAAAACGUACUCUCAGGGCAGGGGAGAGAACUAUCGAAAAAUGUCUUAAGUAAGUUCAAAAACAAAAAAAUUGAUUUCAUGACAAUUGAAAUUCUACCUUGUCACCGCAAUGAGAGAUCAAAUCAGUGAGAUAGCAUUGCACCUGCACAACCUCAUUGCGUUGUUCAUCAAGUUGUUGUCUUCUUCGCGAAUGAUACGUGGAAACUUCCAAGGACGAAAAUGCCGAAUAAUAGACAAAAACAAAGGGACGAAUCCCUGAAUUGGCAAGGAAAGGAAGAAGUGCCACGGAAAAUUCAGGAGCUACUGUUAGUAGAGGAAAAAGCACCAGGAAAGAACACGGCGAUGGAACUUUAGUUCCCACCUCUGACGUAUCGUGCUCUAAUGAGCAGUUUCUGUCCUUUCGAACGUCGCUCGAGAGCGGCUUCACCACAAUGGGUAAAUCACUUACUAAAGCGAUUAAAGAUUGCUUUACUACUGUGGUAGAUAAAUUAAAUCCUCGAGACCAGGACGGAUACAACAUUGUCAUCAAAGAAGUACUGAUCCAACCAGCAAUUCCAUUGUGGAACAAGCGUUACAGUUUCUCACUUUUUAAGAAAGGUUUAGGUUUCAGUGCCCUGAACGCUGCAGAAACUGCACUUUCAUGCAUUAUUCAACCAAAAACUAUGGUAGGCUUAGAUAACUUUUUCAGGGACCAGGUAUUUGAAAAGUUUGCUAAUCCAUCGGAAAGUAUAAAAAUCAGUAAUGAAACAUUUGGAAUCCUGUGCCUGUAGACUGACAUGACAAAGCAAAAUUGAAUACGGGUCAACUUCAGAGGUUAAAUGAUUCUAAGUAUAUGUUUGUGGAAAUAGAAUUCAAAAUGUUAGCUUUAUCAUCAUGGACUACUGUCUCAAAGAGCUGCAUAGCACCAUGUUGUUUUAAGUUAACGUCAACAAAAUGAGAAUUGGGAUUUGUUCUUUCGUAUUAUUAUAUCAAAUACUAUGUUGCGUGCUUAUGCAACAGUACUUUAGCUGUUAUAUGUUAUUUUUCAGGCCGAUCUCUUAACACUCGACAGCGGUAACCAUAAACAGAAAAUCAGAGAGUUUGAAACUAAAAUCCAGGUAAGAGGAAAAUAUCAAAAAUAACUAAAUUUCAGCCUCACGUAGUCAUGCACGUUCAUGAUCUGAGUUGAUAAAGUCAAUUUACCUCCUUAAUCCUUUAAGCCCAAAUACCCUCAUACAAAAUCUCGGGAGUAACUUAUUUCUAAUAGUUGUGGGUCGUGGAUACAAAGUCGUGGGUCAUGGGUGGCGUAGACCCACGAAAAAAAAGAAGAGGUCCCUCAGGGUAGUGGGGUUACACCAGGAGCCGGCUCCUGGGUUACCCCAAAUGUUUCUGGGUAGGGGUUGAGGUAGGAUAGCUACUAGUACCUGGACAUCCCAAGUAUCGAGUUAAAAAGGGAAAGCGGCAUUUAUAGAAAAGUUAUAUUAGUAUACCGAGUGGCAGAAGGAACAAUUCUUGUACCGGCCUCUUAUUAUUAACAUCAACGAAAAAUAUCUGUUUAGAAGAAGGAGAAAUCUAACACCAGAGAGCUCAGAAAAAAUUCCGUGCCCUGGGUGGGAAUCGAACUGACGACCCUUUGAGUUCUAAUUCGGAUGCUUUAACAACAGAUCUGCUGCAGGCUUUAUGGAGAGCGGGGUUAAAAUUUAAUUAUUACUACACCAGUCAUAAAGGAACAGUAUCGGGGACUUUAGUCGCUAGACAUUUUCACGAGGAAAAUGCAGGAGAAGUGCGUGUGUGUGUGUUUCGAACGGCCCGAAAUUCCUAUCUACCAUCAGUAACUUUUCUAAUGGUCUGCCCCUAAGAAUGGUACUUUUCAUUUACGUACGCCCAUUACGAAAUACGUGAUUGGAAAAAACAAAACCCUGGUCUGGUGUCGGUGAAACAAAUCGAUAUUUGCAUGAUCUUGCGGGCGUUCUCUCAAAAUUGUAAGUCUGUUUCGAUUGGUGUAGUUAGAUCGAUUGGAGAAUAUGGCUUCCUUUUUGGUCUCGUGAGUGCGAGAGGUGGGGGCGGGGAUUCAGAAUCCCAUCUCUUAUGACCCCCACUGUUUCUGACAGGCUGCCUGCUUUGUGUGGCUCGGCCUCGUUCUCAGUCGUUCUCAAGCUCAUCCAAAUGGCAUCAACUCAUCCAAAUGGAUCUUUGAGAGUCAGAAUACAAUAGGCUGUUAUAUAAACUUUGUGUGGUUAGUUUUUGUGUAAAAAAUUGUUCCGUGCCACUUUAAAUUCGUCGCCUGCCUCGUCCGGUUAAUUUAAUUGGCGAAAGUUGAGUUUAGCAAAAUACAGUAAAAGUAAGUACGAUCACAGUUAAAACUUUUCGUCUCAUAUAAGGGAAUCUAAGACAGCAAUGGAUACUGAAUUCCAAGCCGAGGAUUUCGGAUUCCAGUCGUUGUCAGUGGAACUUGGAUUCUCAAUUCCAAUCGUUAUUGAAAUUCCAGAUUCUAUGAGCUGUAUUCUGGAUUCUAAAGCUUAGGAUUCCCGUUUCCACAAGCAAAAUUUCCCCAGAUUCCAGAAUUGGGAAUUCCUUACAUGGGGCGAAACUUUUUUGUUACUUUAACGAAUGCAGGCCCUGACCAACAGACUGAAUAGCGCCAGAGUGCACUGUGAUGAGAGGGUUUUACAUUAACUACUUGGACCGACAGAACGUUGAGUGGCCAAAUGGCUUUUUCUUGGCCAUAUUCCGACUUGUGAAGGCGGGAAGCUAUGGUUCAGCCAGCGUUCGCUAUCUUUACCGCUGCUGCAAGUUCAUUCUUUAAGUUAAGGGCGCGGCCCAAACUUGUCCAGUCAACAGUUGCCGUCAACUGAAAGUGAUGACAAGGAGAACAAAACGAACUAAAAUAAAAUGAGACAACCUCUUCAACCACUUUGUUUUAGUUUAUUCGUCAUCAUCGCUGGACAUGACGCACCAAAUGUUUAACAUAAUAGUUAGGUUUCCAUUUUCAAACAGCGGUCACAAUUUAAUUUGUUUAGAGCUGCGCGGCCAGUUUCAACUUGUCGCUUGGCAGGUAAAGCUUGUUAAAAUUAAACAUGAUUCAGGAUUUGAGGUCCUCUUUUGAUAGGUCCAAAGUGGUAUUGAUCCCGGUAUUUUACCUGUGAUCCCUGAUCCCACCUCUUUAAUCCCUGAUCCCACAUACCUUAUUACUACCUUGCUUUUAACGUGAUUGAAAAUCAUGGGUAUGCUUCCCAAGUUACUGUAUCAAACUUACACCUUACCGCGCAAAAUUAUCAACCUUUCUUGGACUUCAUUUUUUACGUCGGCAGUUGUAACAGCGCAGUGUCCUACAAACUAGAAAUUCGCAUCACCUGCCGCUUCACUUUUAAGCAAAUUUGACAUAACAUCUCCAACGUCUACCUGCGAACACUACAUCCUGGUGUGCAAAGCGACUUCGUCGGACGACUGACACAAAAAUUUUUGUGUUGGAAGGUCCAAAAGAGUUUCCAAAGCUGCUCUGCCUUAACGUUAAAAAUGCUUUUUCCUCUGAGUUUCUCAUCCCUUUCUGGUAAAACUACUGUUUGACUACUCCACAUGAAUAAUUAAUUUCCAUAUUUCACAAUUCAACCUCAAACAAUUGGAGGCUCUUGGGAAAAAGCAUUUCCAGGGAAUUAAUUUAAAGCUUUUUAAAAGCUUUUUGAUUUAGGAAACCUUACAAGUGAAAAAUAAGCAUGUUAUUUACCUGCCCCUUGGGGGUUUCUGAUAUAUUUACAUUUUUACUCAGAGAGCCUUUAAUUAAAAAGAUGCUUCAUAUUUUUCGGGUAAUCAAAUAAAAACUGAAUGGCAUCACCUUUUUUCUUUUUCGUCGUUAAUCCGCUUAACGAGAACAUUUUUCAUGGACCUUAAAAAUCCAAAGUGAAGAAAAUUAUGAACUAUAGUAUCCAAAUAGUAACAGAAAGACUAUCAAAGCACAUUAAAACGUUUUUUCACUUUAAUUAACUAAUGCAGGCCUUGGCAACCAGACUGGAUAGCGCCAGAGUCUACUGUGAUGAGAAGGCGACAGAUUAUGGGAACGUAUACUUCGCAAACGUCGUUGGUUCCAUCAUGUCGCUGAACUUACAUAAAGUUGAGUGCCCACAAGGUUUUUUCUUGGCCAAAUUUGAAAUCGACAAGGAAAAAGUAAAUGAGGGGAUGGCUUACAAUGUUCCUCUGUCACCCAGAACUCGCUAUCUUUAUCGCUGCUGCAAGUUUAUUCUGUAA